AGCAUCAACCUGAGCGCGCGGUGCUUGAACAAAACCGAUUAAAGACGAGCGAGCAACGAUCCUCUCGCCUCCUUUGUCGCUGGGAAUUCCGUUCUGCGGCUGAGGGGUGGUGCCCCGAUCGGGAUAUAUCGCUGUACCCGCUGUCGUUUGACCCGAUCGUCGCGCGCUCUCUCCGGCAUCCGAUCGUCGUCACCAAGGAUCAUUCGCAGUGUAACGAUUACCCUCGGCGAGGAGAGAGUGUCGGGGAGUGCUACGGGAAGUCGGCGGCGACGAUCCGGUCCCUCGUUUACAUUACAGGACCCGUCGGGGUGCGCGCGCUUCGACUCGAUGUUACCUCGUAAACCAAUUCCGUGGUUUCCUAUUUUUGCGAACAAGCCGUUCUGACUAGCGCGAUCUGGAUCGUGUUGGCGAGGAAAGACCAGCCAGUGGGACGAACGCGAACCGGCCAGCCGGCCGAACAACCGACCGACCGAUCCGUCACCCGAUCGUCGACGAUCACACGCAUCGAACGAUCCAUCGGAACCGAUAGAGUGAACAGUACCGGAAGAGAGGCUGCGAAUGACGGCUGGUAAUAAUGCGAGAGCGCCGAAAACACGGCGCAUGGACCGUAACAGCGGCCCACCAGCUGCAUCCUCCGUGCCUGCCGGGAAUCGUUCGGGAAAACUGUCUCCGCUUGGAAGAAAAGUAGAACCGAGGAUGACGUGGACUCUAAUCGUAACACUCAGAUCCCGCACCAGCAAUUACCGUAACGACCGAUCGAAUCCUGUGUUCGUUUUAAUUCGUUGGUGAACGCGAGAGAAAAUUAUCGGGACCACGCGGAAACCGUGUGGACGUUACGCGAGACUACCACGCGACGGCGAAGGAGAAGAAGAAGUGGAGGAGAAGGAGGUGGAAGUGGACCGAGUCCGUUGCGCAUGAGGCAAAAGGAGCCAACGAACGAAAGUGAAAGAGAUACCAAGAGAUAACGAGACGAGAAAAGCUGUGCGCGGAUAAGAAGGAGGGCUCGGUAAGGAGUGUGGAUGAGACCGUCAUGCCCGCUGAGAUCGACACGGGCGGGCCAAGGGUGCUGCACUGUGAUUACCGUGCCGUCUGCCCGAUACCGAUUGUAACGCUAGCGUCCGCCGAGUCUUCUUCCCUGCGCCGCGAGACUAGGCUCGCUCGGACCUGCAUCGCGCGUCGAUCAACCCGCAUCGAUCCGGCCAACGAUGGAUCCGUGAACCGUCGACGUUGCUUCGCUGCUCGACGGGUCGGAAGUGGUUUCGGAGUCCGGGGAUUCCGGCGAAACGGUUCGUCCACUGAAUUCGACCUAUCUACAAAGUCCGACGUGCCGGAAGCCAGCGAUCCCGAAGACAUACAGCGGAAUGCUCGUUGCUCGGAGCAAUUGGAGUGUCGAUUACACGACUCGGUGGAGGAACGCUCGAUAGAAGAGACGCGAUCGGCGUGCGGCUACCUGGAUCUAUCUGUUCGUCGAUUCCGACGAGACCCGUCGAGGACAUCCGCGAAGAAGAAUGCCAUCGACGACCGGCACGGGGAGCGAGGCUGCUGUUCGAAGCGGGACUUUUCCGCGGAGAAUUGGCCGCAGGUUCGGGCCCCGGACUGCGGGCUGCGAAUAGGGAAGGCGUUGUUCUCUAGUCAGUCGGCCGAGCCCCCCAGUUGGACGGGUCAUCGUCGGAGUUACCAGAAGCUCGCGGGCACGCUCCCGUCCUCGGACGGUGUGACCGAUGAGGAGACGCGCGAGGAAUACACCGCGGACACCGCGAAUUGCAGCCGUGCGAGAGGAGACCGAGGACUAGCCAAGGUCGGGCAGACCGAUCAUCAUCAGACCGGUGGGCUUCCCCGGUACGAGCAGCAGAGGAGUUCCCGGCAACGAGCGAGGAGGAAGAGACGCGAGUGCACGAACGCGCGAUCCUCGUACUUUCAGUUGGCCUUUCUCCUGUUCCUCGUCGCGUUCGGCCAGUGCGCUCUCCGUAAAACGGGUGUGUUUCACUGCAGUGCGAGAACGACGUCCAGCGCCGGUUUGAGUGUGUUGACGAUCGGCACGGUUAUCAGUGCAGUGAGUGCGGCGCCGGUCGAUCUGAUCGGUGACGCGGGCGUCAGGGCUGAACGGUCCGCGAAUCUGUCCCACAUCACCGGCGCGUCCAGGAAGAUCCAGAUGUACAUCAAGAACCGGCACCUGCAGAUCCUGCCUGACGGCACGGUAAACGGUUCUAACGACGACACGUCGGAUUAUAAUACUAUCGGAGCCGAAAUCACUGACGCCAGUGUGCCUUAUCCUACCUAACACAAACGCAUGGAGACGGAGUAGGUCGUUGAAUUCGUCUUCGCGUCAGCUAUAAAACCGUGCGAUGAAAAAUACCAUGAUCCGUUUAAAGAAGCCAAGCGAUAUUUCAAAGAACGUCCGUGUCCAGAGGUCAAUUGUGGAUUCAAGGUGUCGCGACCUGCCUGUACCUGUGCAUGGAUUCCUGCGGUCUUCUUUACGGCUCGCGCGAGUACACAGACGACUGCGUGUUCAACGAGACCCUCGAGCAGCACAACUACAACACGUACAGUUCGGCGAAAUGGUCCACGACGAAGAAGACGUUGUAUCUUGGUCUGAAUCGUCGGGGCCAGCCGAGGAGGGUACAGGCAAAGGGUCACAACCUGGGCAGACUGUCCGCCUACGCGAGAGUGUUGACGCAGGUCGCCCCGUUGGAACGGGUCGAGGCGCUUCAGAGGCGGAUGCUGGGCGCGGAGCACAACGUCCGUCACCGGCACAACAGCCAUCGAGGUGAUUUGAUCCAGCAGUCGCUCUGCCCCACUCUUCCGGUCCAGGAAAAGGACGGCAGAGACAAGUUCAGGUGUCGCAAGCGAAAGAAGAGGAAGAAGAGGAAGCGAAAGUGCAGACCGGGCGAGAAGCCAGGCCCACAGUGUCAAGUGGUGAAGGAGAACGGUGGUGUUAGCAGUGAAGGUGUCCAGGCUAAUUCGACCGCCGUAGUCGAGGCUCCGAGUGCUACUACCCCGGAGUCGAAGAGAUCCUGCGAGGGUGCGGCGAGCGAGGAAGCCUGCCGAAGGGAGGCCCUUUCGGUCCCAUCCAAGAAGCGGAAGCUGCGGGUGGACGAGGCGACCGAGGCCAGGAACGUCACCGCGAGCAACGGUAAGAGCAAAGCACCAGCGUCAAAAAAAGUAAACGCCGCUGGCAGCAUCAGUCAAAGUAAAAAGCCUAAUUUGACGGACGGGAAGAAGAAAAAGAAGAAGGUGCCGGCGCCGAGGAGGAAUCAGCCAGCGGCACCUCUAGCCCGGAAGAGGUUCACGGCUGGCAGAGCGGGCAGCACGUCUGCGGCGCCGACGGCAACUUCCGCAUCGAUCCCCGCAACGUCCUCUUCCUCUUGGUGGUCUCCUGGUGCGUCAACCGCCCCUUCAGGGAGAGGAGCCUCGCCUAGGCGCAAGGCCAAGUUACCGAGGAACGAGGGCGUCGGACCGAACCCCGGCUCCCGUCGAGCGGGCAAAGCUUUCGCGAAGAAUCGCGCGAAGACGAUCGAUCGCGUUGCUGUCACGGCCCCCUACGAAGCGACCACGAUUCCCGAUCUAACCUCCCGAACGACAACCACGAAAGUUCCUGAGACCAUUUCCGAUCGAUCUCCCCAAAGCCUGUCCUCUGUAGAAGUACCCGAGGCCUCGGAGGACACCUCGAGAUCGUUGUCCGAAUCCUUGCACGUCGACGACGAUCCCACCUCGACGAUUUCGAGCGAGCACACGACCACCACGGUAGACUCGACCUCUGUCGUCUCGGUCGAUGCCAACGGCACGCCGACGACUACGUUAAGGGCGCCCGAGGACGAGUCUAGGUCGGUCGAAGAGGUCGACGACUCGGAUGACGAUAGGUUCGACACACCGGAAACAAUGCACUCGACCACACCGGAAGUUUCGCUCGAGAAAUUGGUCAUGUGAGGGGCACCGUUCGAGUUUCGGUAGGAUUCACUUUCUCGCAGGAAUCUUUGUAAACUUACGUGUACAUAGUGAUCAUGGUUGCGUUACAAGUUUAGACGUAUUGCAUAGUUCUCAUGUGCGAUAUCGCGCGCGGGAGGUUCCUCGCGCGGGAUGGUUCUGGCGUUUCUUGAAGCGAGGGGGAUCGAGAUUGAAGUGUUUGAUAUUUUAAUUCUUUGAUGAAGACUUUUAGAUCAAUUCAUGGAACUUAAUUUUGUUGCUAUUUGUAACUGUGCUUUUGAGAAAAGUUUUCAGAAUUGGUGCUGCGAUACUAAAGCUUUGGAUAUAUUGGUUAAUAAGAUGGAAAGUUAUAGUAAAAAUUAUGUUCCGAUGAAGUUGAAUUUUGUUGUUGUUAUUAUUGCAUGCAGUUGUAUGUUUCUAUAAUAUUCCUUGAGUAGAAUGUUUAGUUAUUCAUUCAAAGAUUAAAGAAAUUUCAUUAAAAAUUUCUCUAUAUUUGAAACUUUGGAAUAAAUUUAAAUUUAAAUUAAAUUAUUCUAAAAGACUUGGAAGCUAAUACAUAUCUAUGAAAGAAUAGAUUCACUUCAAUAAAUGGCCCAACAAGAUUUCUUCAUAAUAUAAAACUACUGUAUUUAAUAAAACAAAGAUUGAUCCGUGAUAUUAAAUAUGCUGCAAUUGUCAGUUUAUCCACACAUUUCAAACAUUCUCUAUUUUCAAAUUCAGAAGUAUUCUCGAACAAAAGAACGUGAUCGAAUCAAUUCAAUAAUAUCUAUUUAUUUGAUUAAAGAAUUAAGAUACCAAAAUAAAAUAAAAACACAAUUGAAUUAAAAAAUCUAAAAACUCACAGCAGAGUUAAACAAACAGUAGACAGUGAAGAAACCACGAAAAAUACAACCGUUUUCAAAUGAAAAAAAGAUUCAUCGAUAAUGAAUAAUUCUGUACCGAUCUCGACUCGUGUCAGUACGCCGUAAAAGAACCCAUACCGCGUUGAUGGAAAGGGGCUGAUACUUAGUGGUUCCUCUUGAACACCGUUCGCAUUGAUUCUUGCCGGUCUGUCCAUGCACUGUACAGCUAUUAGCGGCAGGAAUUAUCCGAGCGGGACUGGAAGUCACGAAAAAACGUGUCGAGACGAUUCACACAGGACCCUCGUUACUAAGAAACACGUAAUGAUGAGUGGGAUGGGGACGGGUCGAAUCGAAUGGCCUAUAGUGACAAACCUCAAGUUUAUUCUUCGAACGGUUCUCCCUCGCACGUCGUGAAAGCCCAGCCUCUGCGUUCCAAGUCGUUCGCGAGUGUAGUCAACAAGCUAAUUAACCCUUUCAGUACUAUAAAGUCGUACACACGAAAGAAAGAAUCUUCCACCAGUUUCGCAAUAGAUCUACAGAGAUUCGAUUUACAGGGUAAAGACUAUUAUUAGGUUUACCGGAAAGUUCUGUUUGUUUUUUAAUUAACAGAAUAUAAUAGAUUUUCAAUACAUUUAUUAAUAUUUAAUGAACAAUAUAAUUUCCAUCCUUACUAAUGAUCUGUUUACAACGUGAUAGUAAUUUGUAGAUUCUGUUUUUGUAGAAUGAUCCAUCUUUAAAAACUUGAGAUAAUAUUAUCGAACAGUUUUUCUGGUAGACCUAAUAUACUUAUAAGAUCCUUUUAAAAAUCCCGAAAAACGAAUAAAAUUGUUUCCCCAAAAUUUGCCUGUGCUUAGGUACACUGUAGGCAAUAAGUAUACAGCACUGAAAGGGUUGAAGCCAGCCGAACUCGACCCUUAGCUCGAUAUGUUCCCUCAAAGACGGUCGUCUGUAAUCAGCUCGAAAUAUUUCUCAAGUAACCCCUCGAAACGAACGAAUUCGUUAAUCGGUCUCGAAUCGCAUCGAACCGUUUUGUCUUCGCCAAUACGGUUUCCGCUUGAAAGACAAAUCGACCGCGGCUGACAUACCGCCGGUACUCUAACUACCGUAACAACGAUUAUCGUUUCCGAUCUAAUUAUUCAUUGCAUUAAUCGUUGACAAAAAUAAAAGGUUGAAAGAUGAAGAUAACCGCUCGUCACUGUGACACGCCGCGAACGAACUUCUCAUCCGUUUCUUUGUUCCUGAUCAGGAACGAUCCCUUCCAGUCUGCAACGGACCGUUUUUCCCUUCUUUCCCUUUUUUUCUUCUCUCCCUCCGGUGUCAGGGGAGCACCUUGUAUUGCUCGAGGAUCACUUGAUGACUAGACUCAGGACAUCGGCUGAUCAAUUUUCAUUUUUUCUCACCUAACUUUCUGUUGAUUUUACUUCUUAAUUCUUGAUAUUGGCAAUCACUGAUUUGCUAUUCAUCGAUGCAGUUAUAUGUAACUAAUCGAAACUAUAAAACUGUAAAUUGGAAAGAUACCUCUUGCCUCUGUGCUGCCCUUGUAGAUUCUAGACAUCAAGUCAUCCACCUGUAGUACAGUAUCGACGAAAAACUUGUCCUAAUUAGCGCGGCGAGCAUUUCACGGGAAAGAGAAGCAACGGUACAUAGUAUUUUAGCAAGGAGCACGAGACAAUACGCGAUGUCGACUAGGGGAUACGGCAAUAACGGUGGGGACUAUGUCGACGAGCAGCUGAGACACCAGGGGAAACCUGAACCAGACCUGGGUGCGAAUUUACGUGACAACGAAAAUUCAUUUGCGUAGGUUUUUCGUGGGAAUUGGCAUCUAUGUUUAGAAGCAAUGUUCGUGAAUGUCGAAGGAGAAUUGAUAAUUUUCUUUGUUAAGAGUUUCAUCGAAGCAGUACGUAGUAUCUGCGAAUUUUAUGGAAUUUCGUUUGCAGUACUUUAUUUAAUUUUCAUGUUUGUUACAAAUACGUAAACGGCGUAGUCCGGUUGUAGGCAUUUAAGACGAGAAAAUAUGAAAUUUAGUUACUUCUUUGAAUAGGAAAAUAAGUUCAUUCGACGUAUUAUUUAUUUUUUUGAAAUCAAUCUUGUUUCUCGAUUAUAUUACUGGAUAAUACGAAAUCUUGUGUGACAAGGAUAACAUCAGAAUCAUUGGAUUGAUGCUCCGACAGCGAUUACAUCGAAAUUUUUGUAAUGCGUACUUUAGAACUAAUAUUUUCCAUAUAUAAGGCAAAAUGAAUGUAUUCGAAAAGUGUAAUUUAUGGAAAUGUCUCAUGUAUUUCACAUAUUUUGCAAGUAUCUAUUUUGCGUUAUGAUAAGAUGUUCGACUCUUGAAUACUUGCAUGACUUAGCAAAGAGCAAAUCACUUCUUCAUACAGAAGAAGGUCGGAAAAUAUUUGAAAUUUAUUGAAGCAUGAAAAAUAAGGUGAAAGAUUAUGUAAUAUGAAACAAAAUGGUACAAUCCAUAUAGAAGAAAAAGCGUUUCUAAAUAUAUUACCCAGGUCUGAUUCAAAUACAAUUAGAGUAAUCGAGAAAAUGAAAGAGACCAAGCUAAAUUGUUAACAAUUAGAACAUUAUAGAAGAAACAUACAACGAGAUACGAUAGCGAUUAAUACUGUUGUGUUCAAGGUACUUUAAUCCAAUAAAAAAAUGUUCCUUUUAGAGUAAAAGUAAAACGCUGGACACGUUCGCUGCAACGUCAGCGACAAUUGUACAUUGAAAUUCGACUUCCUAUCGUAGUAAGAAAUGAAUGUAAAGUUUCUAUGGUGAUCAGACUGUUUGUUAUGCGAAAGUAUUUUUUGAAUAGGAGCGACCUGUGAGUAAAAAGAAUGUAAAACGGCUUGUCGAGACAGAAUUUCGGGCAAGUUCCGGAUUAAUGGAAUUUUCAUGAACGGUGAAGUUAAUUUCGUACGGUUCUUGUAGAAGGAUCCAAAGUAUUAAAUGGCUAAGAAGAGUAUUACGCUGUUAGAAAAUAUUUACUCGUAAAAUUAAUGUUAAGUUGAAAUUGUAUUUUAACGACGGCAAAACCCGACUGCCAAAAAUUUGUAAUUAUAUGAUAAGACCGAUAGGCGCUUACGAGAUGAACAGUGUACCGCCCCGUGGACCUUGCGAAACACAAAUGCGACGUUCUAAAUCGUUCUAUAACACAUCGGAAAACGUCUGAGUCAUGUUUCCGCCUUUCGUUUCGCGUCAAAUAAAUGUGUUUCAAAUUUACUACAAAGAAAAACAGAAAGAAUGAAAAAGAAUACAAAAAUGUAUCUCCUUAAUAUUAUGAUUCUAUGCAACGCUGUGUUCAUUUCGUUAAUUUAACUUUUUCGUUUAGCACAUUUCUCACCGCGUCAAUUCCAAAAAUUCGUUAUACCUACAUAAAAUAAAGAUUAUCAUAUAAAAUAAUAAAGAAAUAGUUUAUAAAAUAGAAAAACAAGGAACAACGUUCGAAUCUUUUCAAAAGUUUGAUUUCAAUCAAAAACAACUGGGAACGUGUUGAAAGGUAAGCGUAGCAGUGUUCGAUUCCUAAAUUAUUUAUUGUUUUUUUUUAAGCGUGAUAGAGACUAGCGAAACAGUCCGCGCAAGGAACGUCGGUAACAAACAUUUCUCCGUGGCUUAUCAUCGUAGAAAGAGAAAUCGGUGACUGGCAGAUUUCGUAACCGAAGAGAUCACAGCGUGGACGACUAAUACAAUCCGCGGAUCCUGAGAACGAGGAUCCUCGUCGCCUAGCUCGACGUUUUAGUUGCAUUUUGUACUUCAUAUAACACCGACACAAUUCGUUUCUCUCGAUGUUUGUUCGUUCUUUGUUCAAAAAGUCACAAAGCACAGUCGCGCGCUGUCGCCGCGAGAUUCACGAUGCACGCGCGUCUCCAUGAAUCUCUCUGUUCGAAGAUUUCAUUUUUGUAUCCUGCGACACCUGAAACAGACGCGUCCGCCCAUGCAACGGCUUCACAAUUUCACCUCGCUACGAAUCAUUUGUAGGGAACGACCUAUUAAUUCUAGUAGUAUAUUUAUUAAGGACUUAUUUAUUGUAAACAGUUGACUCCGUGUACAUACGUCUUUACUACGAUCAUGUGUUUUACUUGUACGAAUUCGCACGCGCGUCGAUCGUUUUUCUGUGUUCUUCGUAUAUGUUGGUUGGCUGUCCUUCGGCGGGAAACGGCUCGGACCAGCCCCUGUCGGUUAUGUGGCAGCGUGGCCCGACACGGUCAAGCUAAUUUCGCGUGUGCGCCCUGCGCGCGGAUAAUUCGUUGUUCGACCGACCCGUGCGUCGCGACGAGCGAGAACGAGAGAUCGGGAAGGGAUAAGAAUUUUGAUUGUAAUGCACGAUAUCUCAAAGUACUGAUGUAAUUUAAUAUUUAAUUUAACGGUUAGGCUAAUAGAAUAGAUAAUCUCUAACAGACGUCAUUUUUCUUAUGAGCCCCCACCAUCCCACCCACCCUCCCAGUCCACCCACCAUUCUCAUCCCACCAAUCGGUAGGGCGAGACGCUUCUUACACGACUGAUAGGAUUCGAUCGAUUCUACGAUGGAAACGACGAUGCUUCGAACAAACUGUUACGAAAAGAAAGUGAUUGAACACUUUUAGGAAUUUAUGGUUUGGUAACCGGACCGUGUAUGAAUUCGUGUAUAGUGUAACAAUGCAGGCAACGUUGCGGUUAAUUUGAUUUUCGAACCGUUUCUGCUUCGACUCGGAGCCGAGUAUUUGUAAUGCAAGGUUCAUAUGCACGGGACUUACCGAAGCGAUAAAUUGUUGAUCGUCUUCAUUUACUUUUUCUUUUUCUUCUUAGUCACUCUGUACACGACUGUACUUACAUGUACGCUAUGUUAACUUGUCACGACGAUGUAAGCCGUAAGACUAAUGUAAAGAAUUACAAAUAAACGAUAAAUUAAAUAUUUCUGCACUUCAUUCGAAGUUCAAUGUGGAAAAAAAACAAAACAAGUAAAUGGUAUC